CUGGAGGGGCAGGACCUAAAGCCCGCUGUGGGGAACCUAGAGGGGCCGGGCCAGAGGAGCUGGUAGGUGCCCAAUGGGAUUCACUCUUCCCUCGGCAGGGCCCAGGAUGCAGUCGCCAGCGGUGAAGGAGGCUGGGCGCGGGGGUCCGCGAGAGCGAACAGGAAAGGGGUCCCGUGAGGAGCGCGCCAAGGGGCCGCCCGCGGCGGAGCCCCCCAAGCCGGGUUGGGCCCUAUCGCUGGAAGGCCUGGCGGCCAUGCGCCCCCCACAGCGUCACCGCCACCUGCUCUUCGGGGACCUGCUUGAGGACGUGGGCGUGGCCGCCUCCAUCUUCCCCCGUGAGUCAGUGGAGCUGGGGUACCAUAUGCCCGACCCGCGCGCGUGGACGCAGUCACUCGAGCUGCCCGCGGUGCGCCAGGACAUGCUCCUCGGCGUCCUCAAGGCAGCGGAGGCCCGAGGACGAAUCCGUGCCCUGAGGCUGCGCUACAUCCGCAUGCGGGCGGAGGAGAUCUCGCUCCUCAUCCUGCAGCAGAAGUCCGCGCGCGCCGCCAUCCGGCUGGAGCUGUUCCUGCCGCCGCAGCUGAAGCCAACGCGGAUCCCAGACCCCCUGGACCGUCAAGAGAGGAGGCGCGUGGAGACCAUCCUAGAGGAGAAAGUUGAUGGCAGCAUCUUCCCACGUUGACUGGGACUCCACAGGGUGCGAACGCGCCCCACCCUCCCAUAUAAAGUUCCCAUUGUCCAAGCGCCCCCUGGUCGUUACGCUGCCUCUCUCCAGGUGCCGCGGGAGGGAAGGGGGAGAGUAUGGAUGCUGCCUCCCCUGCAUCCGAUCACAGACAUCUGGCUACACAGAGCCGGGGUCGGGGGAGGGGGUGUGCCCUCCAACAAAGUAGAAGGAGGAUGCAAGCGGGCAGGUGUCAGAUUAACAGAGGAUGCUGGUAAUCCCUCAAAUACCGCUCUGCCCCCAUUAGGCAACCUGGUGCCCUGCAAGUCUCUGAGAGCCCCCAGUCUGAGGAGACAGGAAUAAGAAUUGGGCCGGGGCAACUGUCACAACCCCAGAAGUGAAGGGCAAGCUCAGGGAGAAAGAGGGGCCCAAGUGGGACCCCAGAUUGUAGGUCAUUCCAUCAGGGGUCAGAGAGGAGGGUGACAUUCUGGGCAGGACAAGUGACUGCACAAGCCAAAGGUGGCCUUUGGAGCCAGCUGUGCCGGGGAGGUCCUCCAGGGGGCCGAGACUGGGGGAAAGGAGACCACCUCAGGAAGCCCCUACUUCUCCAGACAGAAUCACCUUUCCAUCUUGAAUGACCUCCUCAGCUCUGCUCUAUCCGCCUUACACACAGACACACACGUACCGGAAGGAAACCACCCGUGUCCUGUUCUGACAAAGCUCUGAACUCUGAAGAGCCUCCCAACUCUCUGGACAGAUCUUCCCUUAGAGAACUUAGUACUCUUCCCCCUGACACGCGCUCUUUGCAGAGCCUAGAACUCGGCCACGUCUCCCUUUUCUUCCCUCCUAGUCCCUAAGCAGCUACAGAGGUGGGGGUCAAAAGGGUUCAGACAAGCCCCCCAACCUGUGCCAGGGAGGCCUGCUGAGCGGCCCUCAGUAAGCCCUUCUUCCU